AUGGCGGACAGUCAUAUGAGCCAGCCUUCAUCUGGCUCGAAAGCCGACAUUGCUGAUGUCCCCACCAUUUCUCACUCGGAAAGCAACCAGGUCCGCGCGAAAUGGAAGUCUGCGCAAGCCGCCGACGGCGAUGUCGCCAUGGCGCUGUUCGACGACCCGGACGAGUUGCACGAAGCGAUCGAUCCCGCCGAGGCGAGAAGAGUUCUCUGGAAGAUUGACUUUAUGAUCCUGCCUUACUUAGCAGUCUGCUACGCCUUUUUCUAUAUCGAUAAGACAACAUUGAGUUACGCCGCGAUUUUUGACAUACGCGAGGACCUCAAUCUCCAUGGCACUCAGUAUAACUGGCUCAGUAGUAUUUUCUACUUUGGCUUUUUGGCUUGGGCAUUCCCAACGAAUUUCCUCAUGCAACGGCUUCCGAUUGGUAAUAUCUGCCUCUUGGUCUCACACUAUGGAAAAGACGUCUCUAACAACUUGUCAACAGGAAAGUAUCUUGGGGCCAACAUCUUCAUGUGGGGCGUCUUCCUCAUGAUUCAAGCAGCAUGCAAUAGCUUCGAAACACUCGCUGUUCUCCGCGCUCUAGGCGGUGCCGCCGAAGCCUGUGCAGACCCUGCUUUCAUGCUCAUCACUAGCAUGUGGUAUACUCGCCGCGAGCAGCCUGUCCGGAUUGGUCUCUGGUAUACUGCAAAUGGCUUUGGAAUUGCUCUUGGUGGGUUGCUUGGAUAUGGAAUCGGUCAUAUUAAAGGCGCCUUGCCAUCGUGGAAGUACGAAUUCAUUGUAAUUGGUGCACUCUGCUCCGCAUGGGGUAUUGUCAUGUUCAUCUUCCUUCCCGAUUCGCCUGUCACGGCUCGCGGCCUGACCCUGAGUGAAAAGCGGAUCGCUGUGGAUCGGAUCAGAGAGAAUCAAACGGGUGUGGAAAACAAACAUCUCAAACCAUACCAGAUCCUCGAGGCAUUCAUGGACUACAAACUCUACAUGUUCUUCAUCCUCGGUGUUGUCUGUAACGUUCCCAACGGCGGUAUCUCCAAUUUCGGUACCAUCAUUAUCCAGGGCUUUGGCUUUUCCACCUUGGUUACAACUCUCAUGCAAAUUCCAUAUGGCGUUCUCAUCGCUCUGUCAAUUUUGACAUGUGUAUAUUUGAAUGAUCGAUUCGAGAACAGACGCUGCCUUUUCGUUCUAAUUUUCCUCAUUCCGAACCUUGCCGGUGCCUUUGGUCUACGCUUUGUGCCCAUUGACCGACCAGUUGGCCGGUUAAUCUGUUACUACCUCACUGGGCCAUAUAACGCUGCUUUUGUGCUCAUUCUCAGCAUGCAAAUUGCAAAUACAGCUGGUCACACUAAGAAGGUGGUUACCAACGCCGUGCUCUUCCUCGGCUAUUGUACCGGUAACAUUGCAGGUCCCUUCUUCUAUAAGACUGAUCAAUCACCAACAUACGAGCUCGGAAUCUGGUCGAUGAUUGUCUCGCACUUAAUCGAGGCUGUCCUCAUCACUGUCCUCGGCUUGCUUCUACGAUGGGAGAACAAGAAGCGCGAUCGCAUCCAGUCUCAGAUGGAAGGUGGUCUUGAAGGCAGAGAUCUGGACUCGACCGCUUUCUUGGAUCUGACAGAUCGGGAGAAUCUCAAGUAUGUUUCUUCCUUCCGAUACAUUUACUAA